GGGGGUUGUGCUCGUCCUCGUUUUUCCCCCUGAAGGACUCGGUGACCAUAUAAAGUGUCCCAGAAAGGCAUGCAACAAACAAAGAAAUGUGAAGGCAUAGGUUUGAAAAAUGAAGUGUCUGGAUGUAUUGGUAAAAAAAUAUCUUCAGGCUCUCAAAUGAAAGAGAGACAGAAAAGAAAGGUACUGUCUACUUCAUCUACUCUUCCGGAUUCAGUGAUUAAACCACCACCCCGGCCCAGCGACAGACUUAAUCCCAAAACAAUUGAUCCGUUUGGUGUUCAGUCAAGAGCUCCAUCUGCCUUUGCUGCCAUUUACUCUAAAGGGGGCAUUCCUUGCAGAUUAGUUCACGGCUCUGUAAAACACAAACUGCAGUGGGAUUCUCAUCCAGAAACACUUCACUUUGAUCCUCUUCUCAUAACUUUAGCAGAGGGACUAAGAGAGACAAGACACCCAUAUACAUUUGUAUCAACAGAAGGCUUCAAAGAGCUGCUCUUGGUGGAAUGUGCAAAUCAGAAAGCCAUUCCAUUGCUUCCACGGCUUGUUCCAGUGUUGAAAACUGCUUUGGCACACUCAAAUGGUGAAGUAUUUGAAAGGGGACUGAAUGCUUUGGUACAGCUGAGUGCUGUUGUUGGCCCUUCACUGAAUGGCCAUCUGAAGCAUCUACUUUCAAGUCUUUCAAAAAGACAGAUGAGCAAGAAGUUCAAAGAGCAAACUACAGAUGCUUUACAGAAGUUGGAACAGUAUGGUGGAAAGGAAAGUUUAAGUAUUAUAAAAUCUAAAAUUCCAACAUAUUGUUCAAUUUCCUCCUAAAGAGAGAUGUGAUGAAGAACCUGCUUGGAACCAUUUCGUGAUCAUUUUCUAUAGUUGUGUAUCUCUCAAAGAAAUAAGGGAUUAAUAUUUAAAAAUUUAGAUUAGUGUCAGGAUAAAAAAUGUGUUCAAGACAUUUAAUUAGGACAACAUCAGAAAUGGCAUUAUCUUUGUUCCAUUACUUCUACCAGUAAUUGUAAAUCAGUAACGUAAUGUUCUGUUACAUGAAUAAUGGAUGUAUUCACCUUUGUCAAAUAAUAACUGUAAAAUAUGAAUGCUUGAUGUGUUUACAUGUUCUUAAAUUGAUGUGUAGAAUAUGUCCAGCAAAUGAGAUGAGCUAGAAAUUGAGAAUGCAGUGUGCUCAAAGCUGAGAAGUAUUAGGGCGCAGUCCACUGGCCUCCAUCCUCCUCUGAACAUGGAGGCUUAUGUGCAUGCAGCAGUUGGUGCAAGACAUGACAGCAGCAGUGUUUACCACUGUUGCAGCUUUCCCCAUGCAUUUUACCUAGGUGGUUGUUUCUAGAUAAAGUACCAGGAAGGAAGUGGGAAGGAGGAGGUGCCAAGAGGUAAGUAGUCCCAGCCUCUUCCCCUCCCUGUUCCCUUGCAUGGCCCUUGUGGUCUCAAGGAAGCAACCAGUACAGGUUUUUGCCUUCUGGUUGUAGCAGGUGGGGUGGGGCAGGGGCCCAUCCACUGGCGUCAAGCACUGAGGUCCUCUGACCUUAGUACUGGCACUCUGAAGUGAUCUGUGUCCCCCCAGAGAAUGCUGAGAGGGUACAGGAUUGUACCCUUAUGCUCUGUUUUGUAGAAAAGAGAUAAGCAUGUCCUGAAGCUAAUAUGGGUACUGUUGCCUGACUAGAACCAUUAUUAAUUUAUUUUAAAGCAGAUUUCAACUUGUGCGUUAUUUUUAUAGUGUCAGGUUUCUUUCCCUAAGGAUUCUGGAUUGGAGAAUGUUUCAGUUACACUGUCUUAGUGCAAACAUUGAACCUGCUAUGUUUACUUAAAAUCUGUGAUUUCAGUGCAAGUAUUAAAAGAUAAUUUAA